CCAUGAGGAAUGCAGCCGUCCCUGCGCUGCUGCUGGUGGUAAUGGCCACGUCGCUGGGAACUGCCUUCACCGACUCUCCGCCCCGCCCACCACGGCCGCCGCCGCCGCCCACGGGCCUGGAGCCGCCCCCGCCGCCUCCAGGGUUCCAGCUCCGCAGCCACAAUCUGCCGUCGCCGCCACCGCCACCGCCGUCGUUCCACUCGGGUGGCGUGCCGUUUCUGGAGUAUGGACCGCCCCCUGACAGUCGAACCGCACCGCCCCCGCCGCCUCCGCCGCCUCUCGAGAAGCGACUGAAGUACGUCAGCGUAGCAAAGCCCGUCGUCAAGUUGUCCACGACGCACGUGGCUCGGCUGCCGCCGCCCCCAGUGCCCGCGGCUCCGCCGAGCCCGGAAGCGCGGCCGCCGCCCCCGCAGAAGCUGCACGUGCUGUACGCCCCCGCGCCCAUCGCGAACGCUCCUCCGCCCCCACCGCCGCCACCCUCGCCGCCCACGCUGCCGCCGCCCAAGUACCAGACCGCCAUGCCGCUGCCACCGGUCACACCGCCGCCCUCGCCGCCGCCGCCGUCGCCGCCGCCUCCUCAGAAGCCCAAGCCGCCUGUGCGACCUCACCUAGUCUACGGGCCGCCGCCAGAGUUCCAGACGGAGAAACCCAGCCUGCCAUCUCCGCCGCCUCCACCGCCCCCGCAGCUGCCAGUGCGGCCAUAUGAUUCUGCAGAACAGACAGCUAUACCAGAGCCACCACACCGGUUCUCGCUGCCGGCGUCAGAUCACCACAAGAAGAGGCACUUCGUCAAGAGGGACACCGACAACGCCAUCACCUCCUUCCUCUACCGCUUCGUCGACGACGGCAGCGCUUUCGACGAGCGAGGCCAGCUGAAGCUGAACGCCCACGACAAGACGCUGGGCAGCUACGCCUACCGCUACGUCGGCACUGACGGCGUGACCGUCGACGUGUCGCGAACACCCGCCGCCUAGCCUGCGAGGUCGCUGCGCCGGGGUCUGCACACCCGUCCUGGAGGAAACUUCCUCCUCCAGUACCAGGAACAGUGUGCUAGCGACUAUAGAGGAGACAGUUAUCAUUCUGUGGACUUUACUGUGGUCGUCACCUACUGCUCUUUACGAAGAACGUAUCAAAUCUGAUCUUUCCACGCAGCGGGGAUGCGGAAGACUGCAAAGGUUUACAAACGUGCCACUAAGUGCUUGCAAUUUUGAAAAGAUGCGCAUCUGAAACUAUGUGAGUAAUUGCACCUAAAGAAGGUUGACCGUAUAUACAGAUUAAAGAUGAUAGUAAAAUUAUAUUUUCCUUAUAAGUGAGAAAAAUGAAACCAUACUCUUCACAAAACAUUGUUGCAUCUCACUGUUGAGUUGCUAUAAUAAUACUCUGCGUUUUCUAACAGGUUUUAGUACUAAAUAUAUUCAAUGCAGUAAUAUUUUUGUAGCUUACUCAUGUGAGAAAUUAUCUGGAAUAAGAAACAAUCAUUUCUUUUGUCUAUAUUUGUGUAUGUCAUUUGAACUGUUUAUGUUACUAGGGGUGGA